AUGAAGAGAUCUUGGACCUUACCUCCUUCCUGGUUCCAUCCAUUGGGACUGGAGGGUCCUGAAAGCCUCAGGGUGGGUGAGCUGGUGCUUGUUUGUGUUGAGGCGGUGGUCAAGCUCAGCCCCCUGAGUUCUUGUUUUGGGCCCCAGAUUACUCUCUUUCUUGCAGGGAAGUACUACAUGGCCACCAUGACCAUGGUCACAUUCUCCACAGCGCUCACCAUCCUUAUCAUGAACCUGCACUACUGUGGUCCCAGCGCCCGACCAGUGCCAGCCUGGGCUCGGGCCCUCCUGCUGGGACGCCUGGCACGAGGCCUGUGCGUGCGGGAACGAGGGGAGGCCUGUGGGCAGUCUAGACCACCUGAGUCACCCCCCAGUCCCCAGCCUCCUGACGGAGGUGCUCGCCCUCCAGCAGUUCCUUGCCGUGAGCCACAGUGUCUGUGCCGUCAGGAAGCCCUCCUGCGCCACGUAUCUACCAUUGCUAACACCUUCCACAGCCACAGGGCUGCCCAGCGCCGCCAUGAAGACUGGAAACGACUGGCCCGUGUGAUGGAUCGCUUCUUCUUGGGCAUCUUCUUCUCCAUGGCCCUGGUCAUGAGCCUCCUGGUGCUGGUGCAGGCCCUCUGA